AUGGUAAUACCAAUCUCAAAAAAACACGACAGGUACAUCAUAACCUACGACAAUAAAACAUCAACAACACUCAUAUUCGAUCGCAGAAAAGGUGAAAUAUUAAGAGACGCAAAAAUACAAAACAAUGGUAUGAUCAAAUUGGCGUCUGGACAACUCGUGGCACCCUCAUCCAGAGAAGGCUCUAAAUACAUGAUAGUCGCUGACGAGGAUGGUGAAACCCUCCGAGUGUACGACCGCUUCUCUGGGGAACAAAUAGACGAUGCACAAGUCGAUGCCAAUGGGUUGAUACAAUUCGAGGAUGGACGAAUGGCAAUCGAGCCCUCUUCCAAACUAGAUAGAUAUGUGAUAAUUCAAGAUCCGAACAGUGAUGAGAAAUUAGUGUUCGACAGACGCACAGGUGGUCAUAUCAGGGAUGCUGUUUACAGUGAAGAUGGACUGAUUCACUUCCCAGAUGGCAGACGUGUUGCACCGGGGUCGACUGACAACAGCUCACAAUACCUGAUCCAUGUUGAUCCUCUGACAAACGAACACCUGGUUUUCGACAGACACACUGGUGAGAUGAUUGAAGGAGCUUCGGUUGAUGCUCACGGUUUGAUAAUUCUGCCCGAUGGUAAAUUGCAUCUAGAUCAAGAUCGAGUCAAGUACAGGUAUAUCGUUUUCGAGGAUACAAACGAAAACUCCACCCUUGUAAUAGAUACGAAAACUGGUCAGAAAAUUCUCGGAGCAGCUGUGUUGGCUAACGGGCUAGUCAGACUACCCGAUGGGAAACUGGUUGCACCAAGCUCAAAUGUAAGUGCGAAUUACAUGGUGGUCGGAACAACAGAAGAGGGUCAAGAUCAAAUGAUUUUCGAUCGUCGGACAGGUGACCAAGUAACAGAUGCUUACUUGGACAAAGAUGGUGUGAUACACUUACCAGAUGGAAGCUUAGCCAUCGCAUCCUCCAUGACCGAAGGUCGCUAUCUAGUAGCACAAGACAAGCUGACAGGAGACCCCGUCAUUUUCGACCGUCGUACUGGAACAGAACUCACGAACGCCACACUCCACCACAACGGUAUGAUCAAGUUGGCGUCUGGACAACUCGUGGCACCCUCAUCCAGAGAAGGCUCUAAAUACAUGAUAGUCGCUGACGAGGAUGGUGAAACCCUCCGAGUGUACGACCGCUUCUCUGGGGAACAAAUAGACGAUGCACAAGUCGAUGCCAAUGGGCUGAUACAAUUCGAGGAUGGACGAAUGGCAAUCGAGCCCUCUUCCAAACUAGAUAGAUAUGUGAUAAUUCAAGAUCCAAACAGUGAUGAGAAAUUAGUGUUCGACAGACGCACAGGUGGUCAUAUCAGGGAUGCUGUUUACAGUGAAGAUGGACUGAUUCACUUCCCAGAUGGCAGACGUGUUGCACCGGGGUCGACUGACAACAGCUCACAAUACCUGAUCCAUGUUGAUCCUCUGACAAACGAACACCUGGUUUUCGACAGACACACUGGUGAGAUGAUUGAAGGAGCUUCGGUUGAUGCUCACGGUUUGAUAAUUCUGCCCGAUGGUAAAUUGCAUCUAGAUCAAGAUCGAGUCAAGUACAGGUAUAUCGUUUUCGAGGAUACAAACGAAAACUCCACCCUUGUAAUAGAUACGAAAACUGGUCAGAAAAUUCUCGGAGCAGCUGUGUUGGCUAACGGGCUAGUCAGACUACCCGAUGGGAAACUGGUGCACCAAGCUCAAAUGUAA